GCACUAGGUUUGAAUUCGAGGCGGGCACCGGGGGCGGGCCGUUGGCGCUGAGGCGAUGGUGAUGGCGGCGGGCCCGGACCGACUGCCCGCGCUGUGCAGGCGGCGGCUAGCGGAGUUCCUGCAGCGGGUGGAUGAUGUCCACCUGCUAUGGCUGCAGGAGAUCGGUGAGGAGGCGGCCAGGAUGUUUGGCAGCCACUACAGUGAUGAGCCGGAGCUGAUGCCCAAGACGCCGUCGCAGAAGAACCGGCAGCAGAGGAAGCGUUUUUCCGGCCUGCAGGAUGAGAGCCAGACGCUGGGCAGGAAAAGAUUAUCUAGAAAGAGGAAUAGCAGUUUCAAACUGGUGCCCUCCCCACGAUACUCUCAACGACUCCGAAAUAAAGAAAACGUGGAACUAGUCAGGGCUGAGAUCAAACAAGUCUCUCCACCUCAGCGUGUGACAAGAUCCCAGGCUGCAACAUCUCAUAAAAGGUCGGAUACCCUCCUUGAGAUCCUUCCUGUCCAGCAAGUAGAAGAGAAGAUUCCCUCAACAGAAUCUGAUGUCAGUGAUUCUGUUAGCACUGAGCUACACCUCCAGAAGAGUGCACCUAAACUAGCAGCGAAGGUCUCCACAACCAUCCUCUUGAGCUCAGGUGAUGGCUCUCCUGAGGAAAGCAGGGUUGCCAAAUCACUGCUGGGACCUGCAGCCUCUGAGCUGCAGGUCCCUCAUACCCCUGAGGCAAAUGAUGCAGGAGAAAGCGAGGCUGCACCUAAGCUGCAGACAGCAAAGGCAGCUAAUACUACUGUCAUUUUAAGUGAAGAGCCUAGGCUGGAGGAGGGAGGUGACUCUGCUCAGGUACAAGAGGGUUCUGACGAGGAGCCUUCCCAGCGUGUAAGGGAUAACCCAGGGACUCCGACAGGCUCUAGGCUGAGCCGUCGCUCGGUGCGCAGAAGUCUGAUGGGUAAAACUUCCAUGACUCGCAGAACCUCCUUGGCAGAGAAAUACUCAUUAGCCAGCAAGAGGGAAAGUAUGAUCCGGAAAUCUAUCAGCAGGACCAUGGUCAAGAGGAAGGCAGCUUGGAAAUCAUCUGUGUCCUCCAGUUGCAUGGACGUCUCCAGCUCUGGAGAGGUGCCAGAGGAUGAAGAAACAGUUGUCAAAGCUGGGCCUCCUCCUGGACCUUGUACCCCCUCCAAGUUGAACCCCCAAAGUCCGCGAAUGUCACUUCGCUCUCGGACUGUCAGCAGAAACAACGAUCCACCUGCAACGAACAGCAAUGAAAGCAACUUAAAUAAGAAUAGGGAGACCCAGGAACCACCUCAGAGUGCCAGGAGACAGCCAAGUUACAAGAGAGCCAUGGAUGAAUGCUAUGAUAAUCAGCAAGCAGAAGAUGGAGGGCUUUCUCCUCCGAAAAAGAAGAUCCCAUCCCCUGCCUUCCCAGCCAGCAAAGUUGUGCGUCCUUUCAAAACAUUUUUGCACACUGUGCAGAAGAACCAGCUCCUCAUGACGCCAAGCUCUGUGGGGAGAAAUGGAGUAAUAAAAUCCUUUAUCAGGUACAACACUCCUCUCCGGUCUGAUCCCAAGGAAAAGGAAAGACAGAAGCUGGAGACUCUGAGGAAAAAGCAAGAAGCUGAGGAGCUGAGAAAACAAAAACUGGAGGAAGAAAAGAAACGGCGACUAGAAGAGGCAAGGCUGAAGCGUGAGGAGCGUCUGCGCAAAGUGCUGCAAGCUCGGGAACGGGCAGAGCAAAUAGAGGAAGAGAGGAAAAGGCGCAUUGAGCAGAAGAUAGCUCUGUUUGAUGAGAAGACUGAGAAGGUGCGGGAAGAAAGGCUGGCAGAAGAGAAGAUCAAAAAGAAAGCAGCUGCCAAAAAAAUGGAAGAAGCAGAGGCCCGGCGCAGGCAUGAUGAAGAGGCCAGAAAACAAAAAGCGCUGCAGCAGGAGGAGGAGGAACGUCGGCACAAAGAGCUAAUGCAGAAGAGGAAGGAAGAGGAGCAGGAACGUGCCAGGAAGAUUGCUGAGCAGAGACAGGCAGAACAGGAGAGAGAGAAACAGCUGGCUGCAGAGAGAGAGCUGGAGAGGAAGAAGGAACAGGAGAGGAUCCAGGCAGAAAAGCUGCGUGAGCAUCAGGAGAAGGCUACUCGCCUGCAGAAGGAAGCGUUGGCUGCUAAAGAACAACUGCACAAGGAGACGGAGAAGGCAGAACAGGAGGAGCAGAGGCUAGCAGACAUGAAGAGGCAGCAGCAAGAACAGAAGAAACUGCCAGAGGAACAAAAGGCUAAAGAUAGAGCCCAAACACAGCACCUAGAGAACAAAGAGAAUUCACCCGUCUGCAGUUCAUACCAGAUGACUCCACAGGCCCAGAAAGAUCCAAAGCCUCCCAUAAUAAAUCCAAACAACUACGGGAUGGAUCUGAACAGCGAUGACUCUACUGAUGACGAAAGCCAGCCUCGCAAGCCGGUCCCCGCCUGGGCCACGGGAAACCAACUUACCCAAGCUGUAAUCCGCCAGUACUACAACCCUCCCGAUGUCGACGCACUCUUUGGGGUGAUCGUAAGCCCCAAGCUGGAGGACAUCUUCUACAAAAGCAAACCGCGCUACUUCAAGCGCACAAGCUCUGCUGUCUGGAAUUCGCCACCGUUCCCAGGCGCCAAAUCGGCUUCAGGGCUGCCAUAUAGCCUGAAAAAGUACUGA